GAAUGCUAUAGAUAUUUCCCGCACUGUGAGACCGUGGACAUUUGGCUCAGCUGCGUGAAGAAUACUCGAAACAAUGAACCUCCGAACUGAGAUACUGAAUCUGUAACUCUCAGCCGCCUUAGUCCUGCUCGCCUCGCCACUGCCGCGUGGUUACGUCAAGACAGCGGGCCGCGUACUAGUUUCCUUAGUACUUGUGCUUCCGUGUCAAUACCGUGUGCUGUAAACUUCUGAACGAACUGAGAUACUCAUUCAGUUUUGGUCGCCUCUCCAUUAUCUCGUGGUGACGUAAAGGUGACGACCCGUGUGUUAGUUUCCCCGGUAAUUGUGCCUCCGUAACAUUACUGUGUGCAGUGGUCAUGAGAACUGCGAGGCGGCGGUGUAGACUGUGCCGUGGAGAGCCGCGGGGUGUUGGAAUCGCCUGUCAGUCACCUUGAAGGCGUCAUAUUCCCUCCCUGCUCUUCCCCGUGUCUUCUUGUCGAUGUUGACAGGACCUGCGGGAGGGUGAAGAGCGCAAGGAGUUGACUGAUCCCAGCAUGUGGACGUGCCUGAAGCCUGACCCGAGCGGGGCGCGUCUCACUCUUGACCCAGCGCAAGGCUCCGACACCGCCACCUACAAGUGCCGGGUGGACUUUGAAAUGUCGUCCACCCGCUCCACCCUCGUCACCCUCACUGUGUACGUCGUGCCGUCGUGCCUGGUGCUCCUGGACACUGGAUGGAGUCCUGUCCACGGCGGGGUGUUGAGGUCACUGAUCGAGGGUGACCCGCUGACCCUGCAGUGCACCGCAUCGGGGGUGCAGUCUUGGAAGGAAAAUCACUGUCGCGCCCGUGAGGGAGUGAUGCAGUGAGUGUUGGAGGAUAUGGCAUGGCGGUGACUCGUGGCGGGAAUAGUACGUGCGGGUUAACGCAACACUCCAUCCCGCCAUCCCUCACUCACCCCGAGGCGUCUAGUAAAAUUCGGCUAUUUGUUCAGCGGCAGCAACGGAACACGGGGAGGCGGCAACACACCCCAUGUGAUGCAGCACACAUGGGGGAGGGAAAUAUGAAAACAGCAUUUGUUCGCCACGGUACAACAAAGCGCCA